AUGGCCCCUGAGGACUUUGCCUUCUUGGAUCUGGACUUGGUCACGCCCCAAGAGCUGGACGAGGCCAUCGGCAUGCUCUUGCGCCGGCACCAGAUGCUUCCGGACGUCGUGGCGCGCGACCUGGCUGGCCACAGCCCUCAGAUUCACCUCAAGCGCGUCGUCGAGUGCAUGGUCAUUGCGGGCGCACCUCGCCGUGGACUAGAGGGGAUACCUCGCAUCCUCGCGAAGAUGAGCAAGUGCUGUGUUGUCUUCGUGUACAUCCUCUUCUCCAUGCUGUGCGGCCGCUUCUGCUUGCUUGGUGUUCCAAAGCAGCCCCAGGAGUCUCAACCUCUGCGGGGCUGUCCGAGGAGCUGGCUGAUUUAUGUGGGAUGUGUGUACGCCUGCAUCUAUGUUAGCACAGACCAGUACGUGCCGAGUUUGCCGCAGAUGGAGGCAGAUCUCGAAGGUUCGCCGACCUUGAUGUGUGGUACGGUUCAGCUGAACCUGGUGGUGAAGUCCAUCUUUGGGCUGUUGGCUGCAGGUUUGUCUGACUGCAUCGGUCGCCGGCCGGUCGUCUUGCCAUGCCUUGUUUUGCUGAGUCUCGCUAGCUUGUGCUGCGCAUCCGCUGGGCAGAUCGAAGGCUUCUUCGCUGCUCACAUUCUGCAAGGCAUGGGGGAAUCAGUCGAGCCGGUCUUGUUUGCAAUGGCUCGAGAUUACUUCUCCAACCCGAACGAGCGCUUCACUUUCGUGGUGGCUUUGGAGAUGAUGGCCAUUAUUGGUACCGCCGUUGCCCCUCUGUACGGAGGACUCUGUGCAGCCUACCUCAACUGGCGCCUCUCAUUCCUGGGCAUGGCUGUUGUCUGGGCAUUGCUGGCAGCAUACGCCUUCUGGGCCAUGGUGGAAUCCCGCCCCGAGGGCAGCAACGAGAGCUACCUGCGCAACGCGGCGCGCAUCUUUGAUCCACAGCUUCUUUGCCUGCUGCUGACCGAGAGUUGGAUUUUGGGGCAGUAUUUCAUGUUCAACACCAACGUCAGCUACUUGAUGGAGGUUAGCUUCGGCCGAUCUACCAUGGCAACCUCAUUCGUCAUGCUUGUCUUUGGGGUUGUGUGUGGACUUGGUGGCCUCUUGAUACAGCGAGUCGAGCUCGGCAGCGUCCUCCGUUUGGGGCAAGUGACCGUGUCCCUCCUGGGGCUCUUUGGGACUAUCUCGAUGGUGCUGGGACUCUACCUCUCUGACUAUCUCUGGUGCUACCUGGUGGUCUCCUUUCUGCAGGGGAGCGUGCUCUUGAUGGCCUGGACUUCCGUGAGCGUCUUGUUCAUGCAACCUUUGGAAGACUGUGCCGGCAUGGCCUCAUCUUUCGAGACCGUGGCGGAGAGCGUUCCCCCAGCCAUUCUCUCCGCAAUUGCCACGCAGUCUAUGAUUCAGGUGGGACCGGAGGGGCUGACCAUGUGGCAGGCAGGUACCUGCAUUGCCGGCGGGAUCGUAUUCUGGCUGGGUUUUGGUUGGAAUCCCCCUUCGUGGGCUCUGGCUCUGGAGGAAGCCUCAGAGUCACGCUAG